AUGACACUGGUCCAAGAUGGAAUAACACCCUAUGCACACAUCAGAAGCCGCGGCGCCGAUCCUGCUCCACCUGGAAAAACAUGCUGGCUGCAGGACGAGAGACAGGAGCCGGACAGGAGAGUGGCGGAAGGCAGACAGACAGCAGUCCGGGGUGCUGUGGUCACCCUGGACAGCAGCCCGGAGCAGCAGCAGGGCUCGCUGGACCCCAGUAGGCGGCACCGGACGGCCUUCACCCGGGAUCAGGUGUCCCGACUGGAGCAGGAGUACCGCAAUGAGAGUUAUGUGUCCCGGGCUCGGCGCUGCGAGCUGGCCGCAGCACUCAACCUUCCAGAGACUACGAUAAAGGUGUGGUUCCAGAACAGGCGUAUGAAGGACAAACGUCAGAGGCACUCCUUACCUUGGUCUCACCCACUCAUCAACCCACUGGGCACACUGCUGAUGGGUCAUGCUUCUCCAUCUUCUAACCUGAUUUACCCGUUUUCCACAUCCCAACUGCCCCACCUACCUUUUCAGCACUACUGUCCACUGACUUUUUCCGGUAUGAUAAAUGGUCCACACAGUGCACUAAUGAAGCAGCCAGAGCGUUUCUCCCUUUCCCAACAACACAACAAGCCUGGGGAGGGGCCUCCAACAGCAGUACUUGUUUAUCCCUCUCCUGGCGUCAUGCACCAUCAUGUCUCAAGUCAUUGCUCCUUUUGCCCUCAGUGGGGACAACAAGAUCUUCAUAAGGUCCAGUGGGAAAUGGAGGGACUGAGCCAUGCCAACAACUCUGCAGCCAAAAAACAGACUGGUUCUCUGCAACAGAGGGAAGAAAAAGUGUGAAUGCAUCUAAGAAAAACUACAACUGCAACAAUCAAAACUGAAAGAGAAGAGCAAGGCAGAAGAAGUGUUGACAUCAGAAUCUAAAACAAUCACAGUUAAACCCAGAUGCUUAAUAACAUUUUAUUUAAAGACAUUUAUUUUUUCCUUCAAUUUUUGACAUCUUGUUUAUGGCAGUUAUGAUUUCCAUUUUUUCUUUUUUGAUUUGU